UUCCCAACAUGGCGGGCUAUGUUGAAUUUCUUAGAAGGUUUCUUAUAUUUUUUGUUGCCUUUCUUUGUUUAUCAUCAGCGACUGUGCCUAAGGAUCAGCAAAGAAAGAUUACCAUUAAAAGUAUACCAUGCCCAACAAGUAUAACAGAGUGCAGUAACACAACUUACAUCAUUCAUGUUAUUGCUGAGAGUACAGAUAAACAGAAUUCCAUGCACUAUCUCUGGUCUGUCAUUGGUUCUCCAACUAUUAUUGCAGCUUACUUUGACAGUACAGAUGUUAAUGUAUCAAUUGAUUGGAACCAUGUCUUGAAUAACAAUUCCACAGAGGGAAUUACAUUUACACAAACAAGUCUUCACAUCACAGCACUUGUUAUUCCAGCUAUUUAUGAGUUUCAGGAUAAAAAAGAUGAACUGUUUUACACUGAGAAAGAUGUUGUGAACACUAUUGUGAAACAUGGCUUCCAGGAUGAGGUAACACACUGGGAAGAACCUGAAAUUGAUCACAAAAACAAUGUGACAACUUUUAGAGGGGAAAUGUUGGGAGGAACAGUUAUUUUUCAGUGCAAUGCAUCAGCAAUAAAGGACAGAGAGUCAAUAUUGCCACAUCAACAAUUCUCCAGCAAUUCUACAGUUUUUACACUGACACUUCAUAAGUUAACAAAUCUCCAACACAAAGGGCAUACUCGAUUUAUAUUUGAAUUGGUCUCAUUUUCUGAGGAUGACAGCUCCACUUGUGUUACAGCUCAAAAGUCUCUUGAUGAUGAACACACUCCAGCUGUUUUUAAAACCAUUGUCAUCAACAGUACACUUGGCAGUCAUUCAUCAUACAGUGCAUGGAAACCUGUAGCCUACCUGAAAGAGUCAAGGAAACUAAGUAACCAAGUCCCUUCUUUUUCAUAUUUUGGCAAUCAGCAUCGGUUUAUCAAUAAUAAACAGUGUCAAACUCUCCCAUCAUCAUCCUCUACAGAAGACUUCAUCAGCAUAGUUUCACAUCUGAAGGGGAACUUCAUAUCAAGUCAAAUGAAUAUUUCCUUUGGACAACAAAAAGAUGGCUGGUAUGAUGGCCCAGAGGGUUCCAGAUAUCUCACAUGGUCUGCAGUGGUGGGCUACGGAACUCCAAUCAAAGAUGACUUUUCUAUGCUUGUGUGGUUGAUUAUAUUUAUUGGUUUUGGUGCACCCAUGCUUCUAAUUUUUAUCACCAUAAUUUAUGUUAUUAUCAAGAAGAUCAAAGCCAAGAAAGCAACAUCCUCAUAUGGCAUGAUUAACUAAAAACAAUAAUUUCAAUGUCCAUAAUGUUCGCUUUGUAAAAUGUAUUCUAUAUACAAGGCUAAAAAAAAGAAAAAAAAAAUUAAAAUGUUUAAACCAAACGUUUUUGGCUGUUUGCCAUCAUCAGGGUUUUUAAUUUUUUUUAGCCUUGUAUAUAGAAUACAAUAAUUUCAAUGUUUUUAAAACAUGUUAAAUUCAUACACAGAUAAUUAAUGGAACAGAUGUCCUUUACACCCUAAGAGUUACCUGCAUCUAAUUUCUCAUUACAGUAAUACUGCUGAAUCAUUCAUUAGGAUCAUGAGAAUAAAGGAAGCUGUGAUUGUUAAUCAAAUUCUCCUUGUCAGUACCAAAGGAAAUGUAAAGAGAAGAGUGUAAAGAAUAUGGAUAUUGAUGUUAGGUUGUAAAGGGUUAAGAAUUUGUUCUGGUGUUAAAUAAUUACAUUGAAUACUGAGCUGAUGGACAUGAUUCAAGUCUUUUUUGCAUUGUCGACAGUUUCCUUUUGAGUCUUGAUGUACUUACCAAUUUUGUCAGGUCAUGAUGUUCAGUGUUUAGAUCAUGAUUUGCUGGACAAAAUUAGGCAGGGUUAGUUUUAGUGGCUAGAUGCAAUACUUCAUAUGAACGUAGGCAAUGUCAUACUAGCACUUGGUUUUGUAUAUCAUCAUUUCUCUAAAAGUGCAGUAAAAUAGUUAUGCAGUGUAAGAAAGUGUUUUACAUUAGCAUAAUUUGGAACACCAUAAGAUGUCUUCACAAACUCUCCACCCCAAUUUGGCUCAAGGCAGAUUUUGAUGUGGUUGGUUGAUUAAGAAGAAAUAUUGUCAACAAUUCUUUGAGAUGUUGUAAUGUGAAAAACCAUAAUUGCUAGGUAAGGAUAGAGUACAAAAGCAUUUUUUCAUUCAUGUAUGAGUUGAAAGUUUAAGUUGCUACCAUAGAUGGUAGUUUCUUUAAAAUUUCUAUUUGAAUUUAAACUUUAUUUUUAAAUAAUCUAAUUUCAUGAUGAUGAGACAUUUUUUGGGGUUAUGAUAUUCACUGACUACUUAUCUUACAGACUGCUUGAAAUUAAGUUAAAUUGUUGCUAUCUCAAAAUAAUGGCAACUAAGGUAACUUUCAAGAGAGGUUUUCUUUGUCUACCAUGCCGCUUUACAUCCUAGUGACAUAAAAAUGUUGGAAAAAAAGUAGAGAUUUUUUUCAUUUUUGUGGUUAAAAAAUGAAGCCCACUCUAUUAUUAUUACAGCAAGAUUGAGGUCCAUUGGUGUAAAAUGAUAAAAUGUAGCGAUGUAAAGUUAUUAUAUUUAUUGAUGAUUAUUUUUUGUAUUCUCACAAACUGGUUUGUACUCAUUUUUUUAUAAAUAAAC